AUGUCGUUGCCCAAAGACUUCCAAUGGGGCUUUGCUACCGCUGCCUACCAAGUCGAGGGUGCUACCGAGAAAGACGGCCGUGGCCCGACCAUUUGGGACAAGUUCUGCGCCGUUGAAGGGAAGAUUGCCGACAAGAGCGACGGGUCCGUUGCGUGUGACUCGUACAACCGAACCGCCGAAGAUAUCGCACUUCUGAAGGAGCUUGGUGCCACCUGCUACCGUUUCUCGCUCUCAUGGGCGCGGAUCAUCCCUCUUGGCGGCCGGAACGACCCGAUCAACCAGGCCGGCAUUGACCACUAUGUCAAGUUUGUCGACGACCUGCUCGAGGCCGGUAUUACGCCUUUCAUCACCCUCCUCCACUGGGAUGUCCCCGAUGGGAUCCACCAGCGAUAUGGGGGCCUCCUGAACCGGGAAGAGUUCCCGCUCGAUUUCGAGCACUACUCUCGUGUCGUUUACAAGGCGCUGCCCAAGUGCAAGAACUGGAUCACAUUCAACGAGCCCUUUUGCAGCUCCAUUCUGGGCUACAGCUUGGGCUACUUCGCCCCUGGCCACACCUCUGACCGGAAGAAGUCACCCGUUGGCGACUCAAGUCGCGAGCCGUGGAUCGUCGGUCACAACCUGCUCGUUGCCCACGGCCGAGCUGUAAAGGUGUACCGCGAAGAAUUCAAGCCAACUGACAAGGGUCAGGUUGGCAUUACCCUAAACGGAGACUAUGCCUACCCGUGGGACCCUGAGGACCCGGAGGACGUUGCCGCCGCGAACCGAAAGAUCGAGUUCGCCAUCUCGUGGUUUGCGGAUCCCGUCUAUUUCGGCAAGUACCCGGACUCGAUGCGCAAGCAGCUUGGCGACCGGCUGCCCGAGUUCACGCCCGAGGAAGAGGCACUGGUCAAGGGCUCCAACGACUUCUACGGCAUGAACCACUACACAGCAGACUACGUCAAGCACGGAACCGGCGAGGCCGCGCCGGAGGACUACCUCGGCAACCUGACGACGCACUCGACCAACAAGAACGGCGACUCCAUCGGGCCGGAGACGCAGUCGUUCUGGCUGCGGCCGAACCCCGAGGGCUUCCGGCUGCUGAUCAACUGGCUCAGCAAGCGCUACGGCUACCCGGCCAUCUACGUGACGGAGAACGGCACGAGCAUCAAGGGCGAGAACGACCUGUCGUUCGAGCAGAUUCUCGACGACCAGUUCCGCGUCGACUACUUCCGCACCUACGUGCACGCCAUGGCCAAGGCGGUCAGCGAGGACGGCUGCAACGUGCGCGGCUACAUGGCCUGGUCGCUGAUGGACAACUUCGAGUGGGCCGAGGGCUACGAGACCCGCUUCGGCGUCACGUACGUCGCCUACAACGACGGCCAGAAGAGGACGCCCAAGGCGAGCGCCAAGGAGAUGCAGAAGAUCUUCAAGGAGGUCAUGUAG